AUGCAAGUCGAGAAUUGCAUCUCGCCUGCGAGUGAUCUCUCCAAGAAAUUUAUGAAUGUGGGCAGUGGCUUUUCGAGCUCCGAUGGAUCAGAGCUUUCGUUGCAGGACCAUCCUAUUAUAUCUGCAAGUGACAACCUGGAGAGAAGUUCACCUCUGAAAAAAAACUCCAGGGAGAUGACGAAUCAGUCAGAGGCAGACAAUUUUCCCGACUCCAAGGACGCAUCAGGGGACGUACAGAGGGGCAAACUCUCUCCUGAUCUUCACGGAGUCUCUGACAUCCGUCACAAUUUCGAUGGAUCUGCAGGAGAAAGGUGCAUCUUUUCUCCGUCUACUCAACCACAGUCUGUCUCAGCAGCUCCCAGUGCCAUGUUCCCUUAUCCGAGCCAGCAUGGACCAGCGCACCCGGCUUUUUCUAUUGGAAGUCCCAGUCGUUACAUGGCCCAUCACCCGGUCAUAACUAAUGGAGCUUACAACAGCCUUCUGACCAACACUUCUCCUCAAGGCUACCCAGCGGCUGGCUACCCGUACGCGCAACAGUAUGGACACACUUACCAAGGAGGGGCUUUUUACCAGUUCUCCUCGGCGCAAGCUGGACUGGUUCCGGGAAAAGCGCAGGUGUAUCUGUGCAACAGGGCCCUGUGGCUGAAGUUUCACAGACACCAAACAGAGAUGAUCAUCACAAAGCAAGGGCGACGAAUGUUCCCAUUUUUAAGCUUCAACAUUUCUGGCCUUGACCCAACUGCUCACUACAAUAUAUUUGUGGAUGUUAUACUUGCUGAUCCAAAUCACUGGCGAUUUCAAGGAGGCAAGUGGGUGCCAUGUGGAAAAGCUGACACAAAUGUAAUAGGAAACAGAGUUUACAUGCACCCGGAUUCACCAAAUACCGGUGCGCACUGGAUGCGUCAAGAAAUAUCAUUUGGAAAGCUAAAGCUUACAAACAAUAAAGGUGCCUCCAACAACACCGGGCAGAUGGUGGUUCUCCAGUCUCUCCACAAGUACCAGCCCAGGCUCCAUGUGGUGGAAGUAAACGAGGAUGGGACAGAGGACACCAGCCAACCAGGGAGAGUCCAGACUUUCACCUUCACAGAAACGCAAUUCAUCGCCGUCACAGCUUAUCAGAAUACCGAUAUUACGCAACUGAAAAUUGACCACAAUCCGUUUGCUAAAGGAUUUCGGGACAACUAUGACACUGUCUACACAGGCUGCGACAUCGACCGCCUAACUCCAUCACCGGGUGACUCUCCGCGUUCACAGAUCGUGCCGGGUGCGAGAUAUGCCAUGCAUAGCUCUUUCCUGCAGGACCAAUUUGUCAGCACUUAUGCCAAAUCUCGCUUUCACCCUGGCGUGGGGACUGGUCCUGGCACGGAGCGCAGCGUCCCACUCGGCAACAGCUUGCUAUCCCCGCAGCAAACCGAGGAGCCCAGUGUUGCCACCCCCCCGCAGCGAUGGUUUGUCACCCCUGCCAACAACCGACUGGACUUUGCUGCCUCGGCAUACGACGCCGCUGAUUUCGCCGGUAACGCGGCCACCUUGCUGUCCUACGCAGCGGCCGGAGUGAAGGCUCUUCCCCUGCCGACUGCAGGCUGCUCCAACCGGCCUCUUGGCUAUUACGCAGAUCCGUCAGGCUGGGGAGGACGCACGCCGCCGCAGUACUGUGGCGUAAAUAGCAAAUCCAGCUCGGUGUUUUCCUGCUGGCCCGCUAACUCUAUCAGCGGCAGAGCAGGGACCAACUACCUGGCCGAGGAGGGAGACUCCAUCCCGACGGAGAGGUCACCCAUAAGCUCUGAGGAGACCAAACCAAAAGACAUGACAUCAGAGUCGAGCUGGAUAGAGACGCCGUCCUCCAUUAAGUCAAUUGAUUCAAGCGAUUCUGGUAUCUUUGAACAGGCCAAGAGGAGAAGGAUCUCACCUUCUGCCACGCCGGUUUCAGAGACAGUGUCCCCGUUAAAAUCCGAGCUGUUGCCCCCGAGAGAGUGCAUUUCAGCAGGGUGGAAGUGUGCCAACAUGGUCACCUUUGCAGAUGGGGAUUACACACACACUGCGGAGGUCUCUGCACUGACAACGGUGAACAUCGGGGAGAAGAGGAUGGACACGAAGGACCAGGGGGCUCACAUAGAGCCGCUGCUGCCAACGGCUCGCCCUUCCUUUGGCUCAUCAGUGAAGCGUAGAAGUUUGAGGAGUGAUGAUGAGGCUGUGGUGGACAGAGGAGGUGCACGGUCCCAACAGGGAGCCAACUUUGAGGAGGAAGAUCUUGAAGGCCACAGGACUCUCUAUAUCGGGGUCCAUGUCCCCAUGGGCAGUACCAGACACCGCAGCCAUCGCAGGCGUCACCAUGGAACCAAACACAAGCGGAGGAGCAGGGACCGGGCCCUCACCUUGAUGGAGGGAAGAGAGUCUCCUGUUUAUGACACUCCCUCCCAGAGAGUGCAGUUCCUGCUGGGGACAGAGGAUGAUGAUGAGCAUAUUCCUCAUGACCUCUUCACAGAGAUGGAUGAGAUCUGUGUGAAGGAGGGAGAGGAUGCUGACUGGAGGGAAAGCGCCAGGUGGCUGAAGUUUGAGGAGGAUGUUGAGGACGGAGGAGAGCGAUGGAGUAAACCCUACGUAGCCACUCUGUCUCUACAUAGCCUGUUUGAGCUGCGCAGCUGUAUUAUCAACAGCACUGUGCUGCUCGACAUGAGGGCUAAUUCCAUUGAAGAGAUUGCAGAUAUGGUGCUGGACCACCAAGAGUUAUACUCACCACUGGGGGACGUGCUCAGAAAGAAAGUACGUGAAACACUGCUGAAGCAGCACCAUCACCAGAACCAGAAGAAGCUGGCUAACCGUCUGCCAAUUGUACGGUCCAUUGCUGACAUGCGACGGACAUCUGAGCAACACCUGGACAAGAAUGGUCAGAUGUCAUCGUCUCAGCCUCAGUUAGCUAGUACAGACGGGAAAGGAGACAACAGAGAGAACAGUGCUGUGGACUUUAGCAAGAUAGACCUACAUUUCAUGAAGAAGAUCCCAACAGGAGCAGAGACGUGUAACGUCUUAGUGGGAGAGCUGGAAUUUCUGGACAAGCCAGUGGUGGCGUUUGUUCGCCUUUCGCCGGCGGUCCUACUCAAUGGGCUGGCUGAGGUCCCUAUUGCUACAAGGUUUCUGUUUAUUCUCUUGGGGCCCUUUGGUCAUGGGGCUCAGUAUCAUGAGAUUGGAAGGUCCAUUGCCACACUUAUGACGGAUGAGGUUUUCCAUGAUGUUGCUUAUAAAGCUAAAGACCGUAAUGAUCUGAUUGCUGGGAUUGAUGAAUUCCUCGAUCAAGUGACAGUCCUGCCUCCGGGAGAAUGGGACCCAUCCAUACGGAUAGAGCCACCAAAAAAUGUACCUUCUCAGGAGAAGAGAAAGAGAAGUAACAACAUGUUAGCAGAAGGUGAUGAGGAAGAAGAGCAUGGUGGUCACGGGGGUCCAGAACUGCAGCGCACUGGAAAGUGGUUCGGUGGUCUCAUUCUGGACAUCAAGCGCAAAGCGCCUCACUACCUGUCCGACUACACUGACGCUUUCAGUUUGCAGUGUGUGGCCUCUUUCCUAUUCCUCUACUGUGCCUGCAUGUCCCCAGUCAUCACCUUUGGAGGACUUCUGGGCGAGGCAACAGAAGGACGCAUAAGUGCAAUUGAGUCACUGUUUGGAGCCUCACUGACAGGAAUAGCCUAUUCCUUGUUUGCUGGGCAGCCGCUUACCAUUCUGGGCAGCACAGGGCCAGUGCUUGUCUUUGAAAAGAUAUUAUUCAAAUUCUGCAAGGAGUUUGGCUUGUCCUAUUUGUCACUGAGAGCCUGUAUUGGUCUGUGGACAGCUUUCCUUUGUAUUCUGCUGGUGGCCACAGAUGCUAGCUCCCUCGUUUGUUACAUCACACGCUUCACAGAGGAAGCCUUCGCCUCGCUCAUCUGCAUCAUCUUCAUCUAUGAGGCAUUGGAGAAACUUAUCCACUUGGGAGACCACUAUCCCUUUAACAAAAACAACAACCUGGACAAACUCACCAUGUACUCAUGUUCAUGCGUUGAGCCCUCUGACCCCACCAAUGGCACCCUAAAGUAUUGGGAAACCAACAACAUCACUGCCUCUGAAAUCUACUGGGAAGCCCUGGAGGCCAAGGACUGUGUUGAAAAGCAAGGGGAGUUUGUGGGCAGUGCCUGCGGCCCUCAUGGACCCUACGUUCCUGAUGUUCUCUUCUGGUGUGUCAUUCUCUUCUUUUCUACUGUCUUGAUGUCUGCCUUCCUCAAGGAAUUCAAGUUCAGCAAUUACUUUCCCACAAAGGUGAGGUCCAUCAUCAGUGACUUUGCUGUUUUCUUCGCCAUCUUUAUUAUGGUCUCGAUCGACUAUGCCUUAGGGAUCCCUUCUCCUAAACUACAAGUUCCGAGUGUGUUUAAGCCAACCAGAGAUGAUCGUGGUUGGUUCGUCAACCCACUGGGGCCCAACCCCUGGUGGACGGCAGUCAUAACAGUGGUCCCAGCUCUGCUUUGCACCAUCCUCAUCUUCAUGGAUCAGCAGAUAACAGCUGUCAUCAUCAACAGGAAAGAACACAAACUUAAGAAAGGCUGUGGGUACCACCUGGAUCUGUUCAUGGUGGGGGUAAUGCUUGGUGUGUGCUCUCUGAUGGGCUUGCCAUGGUUUGUAGCAGCCACUGUCCUCUCCAUCACCCACGUCAACAGCCUGAAGCUUGAAUCGGAGUGCUCAGCUCCUGGGGAACAGCCCAAGUUCCUCGGCAUCAGAGAGCAACGCUUUACCGGCCUCAUGAUCUUUACCCUCAUGGGCAGCUCUGUCUUCAUGACAUCUGUGCUUAGGUUAAUUCCUAUGCCUGUGUUGUAUGGCGUAUUCCUUUAUAUGGGAGCAUCUUCUCUCAGAGGCAUACAGUUGUUUGACCGUCUUACACUGUUCGCUAUGCCAGCCAAGCACCAGCCAGACUUCAUCUACCUGCGACAUGUACCUCUGAGGAAGGUGCACCUCUUCACCAUCAUCCAGCUCAGUUGCUUGAUUCUUCUCUGGGUUAUCAAGACCUCCAAGGCUGCCAUUGUCUUUCCCAUGAUGGUGUUGGCUCUGGUGUUUAUAAGGAAGCUAAUGGACUGCAUCUUCACCAAGAGAGAGUUGAGCUGGCUCGAUGACCUCAUGCCAGAGAGCAAGAAGAAGAAGCUUGAGGAUGCUGAAGAGGAGGAGGAUCAGAGUAUACUGGCGGAAGAUGAGGGAGCAGGUCAAGUGCCAUUACAUGGGUACAAAGGAAUACCCAUCAUCAACAUCACGGAUGAAAUGUCAAAAGGUUCUUUUGGAAAUACUUGGAAUGCCAAUGGCUAAGACAUUUGAGAAAUAAUGAAAUCCUCAAAACAUUAUGGCAGUUACAUAAUUAUUAGUUACACAAGUAUUUCCCCACAAGACUAGAGUGCAUGAUGAGAGAUGUGAGGUGAAGAAGAUGGAGGACAGUGUUUUCAGGGUUGUGAGUCUUUGUCACUGUUCCUUCUCUGUGUUUAUAAAUUGAUCUGUGUUUCUGCAGUUUAUCAACCCUUUCGUCUAAUCUUGUGAAUCUCUGUGCGUAAGUGAAUAACCAUGUUAUCUGAUGUGUCACAGAUUUUCUGCCUCUUCAUGAACCAAUGAAACCUAAAUGGUACUUUCAUCAUCUUCUUGUGAUGUUAAUGUCAAAUUGUACUUGCUGAAUCUAGAUACUGUAAGUGUUGUUAUUCAAGAUUCAAGAUUCAUUUAUUAUGAUCAUUUCACAACACAACGUUGUAUAAUGAAAUGUAGUUUGUAUUCUGAAUGUAAACUGCAAAAAUGGAAAGACAGAGAGACUGUUUUCUUUUUUUUUUGAGCCAAUUUGUAUUUAUUUUGUAAUAUAGUUUGUAUUUUGAAAUGCAUCCAUAUAAAUUUCUCCUUGAAUUCUUUAUUUAGGCAUCAUUUCCCUAUAGUUCUCUGUAGACAUUCAGUGUGAUGUGAAAUGAGGUCCUAAGGUCAUUCUAGACCACAGAAUUUUUGAUAAGCCAUACAUAAAUGUGUACACGAUAUUGUAAGAUGAAAAGUUAGUAAAAUACACAUUUCUGAGGUCUACUUUUGGGAUGGGAAACUAUCUCAUCUAAUGAUUGUGACUGACAAACCUAAGAUGGGAACGAGUGCUUUAAAGUGUUUACAAAAGGGCAAUAUACAUCACAUGAGAACCAAAUGCAAUAGCAUAGCAUUUUUCUAGCUUUUUGCUAGAAUGCCAAUAAUUAAUUUAUAUAAGAAAUGAUUAAGCUAUAUUUUUUUUGUGGAAUAAAAUGAAUAUGUUUGCUACAAUUACCUUGUAACUUAACACACAGUAUUUUGCCUCCUUGUAUCAGUAUAUUGCUUCUAUUGUAAAUGUUAAUUUGAAUUUUAAUGAUCCCAUUAUAUAUUUUAAUGUUGGUAUAAAAUUUAGUGUUUAAUAAACUAAGAAACUCCAUCAGAAAAUGUGUUUGAUCCUAAUAAAUCUUCAACGUCUAUGUUUUUGUUACAGAUCUGAGGAUUACAAUUAAGUUAUAGUAUUUGAUUUUAAAACAA